CUCUUUUGUAUAAGGCCAAUAGGCGGCGAUGUUCCUGUCAUUGACAGGGCGCGACGGGUAGCUUAAAUUAGAGGUUUCAAAUUUAACUGCGGGGUCGCUAGAGAAGAAGCAUCUGGGCCUAAGUAUGCGUCUCUAAAAAGUUUCUAAAGCAUUGUUAUUAUUGUGAGUCCUAGACCACCUCUACAUCGAUUAGACGAUUCCUUUUCGAAAUCCAGAAGCAAAAUGUCGGAUCAGCCUACGAUCCGGCUCGCGACCGAGCAAGAUGUCGGCUAUAUCCUUCAAUUUAUUCGCGAACUGGCCGACUAUGAGAAAGCCCUGCAUGAAGUCGAAGCUACGGAAGAGUCUCUCCUUGCAACCCUUUCUUUCCCCUCCACACCUCCGAGGAAGGGCAGUACCUAUACAGCCCUAGUCAUUCCACCGGCCACCGCGGAAAAUCCGACGCCAGUUCCAGUUGGCAUGGCACUUUUCUUCUAUAACUACUCGACAUGGCGCUCCGCUCCGGGAAUCUAUCUCGAAGACCUCUAUGUACAGCCAAGCGCGAGGGGCAGAGGAUAUGGCUUCAAACUCCUGCGGUAUUUGGCGAACGAAGUGGUUAGAAUGGGCGGACGACGUCUCGAAUGGAGUGUUCUCAAGUGGAAUGAGCCCAGUAUCAAUUUCUACAAGCAGGUCGGGGCGACGGCCAUGGAGGAAUGGCUGAAGAUGAUGUUGGAAGGAGAAGCACUGAAUAAGUUGGCGGAGCAGGCUUAGAUAGUAGUAGAAAGUGGCCCGUUUUAACCACGUUGUAGAUAGAUAAGUACCUAACUUUAACCAAUGGGCAUAUUAUUAUUCGAGAUGCGCCCUACUCUAUUAUCAUUCAGAACUGAUACUCAUCCUUCUGUUUCUGCUGUGUUGCAUAUUAAGGUCAUAGUCUGGGUUCGACACUUUGCCAGAGAGAGAGAAGAGGCUGUCGACGCGUAAUGUGGCUGUCGAAUAAUCGGCGAUGCGUGCCCAUCAU